AACAGAGUUGUUGUAAAAUGAGAAAGUAUACUAAAAUCUUCAUUGUAGCAGUAGCUAGCUGCCUUUGCUUUGUCAUAUUCUAUUCCUCACUAACGGAUGUGGAACGCACACAAAGAGACUUGGCCACAAUCCCUUUGGUUGCAACUGCCAUUUCUAGAAAACCCACAGCUGUACUGACAAAAACGAUAAAAAAACCCCCAAAAAGUGUUACGCCUAAAGAACUUCCUCCCCUUACUAUUUCUGAGAAGUUUAGAAAUGACGUUCCCAAAAACGGUGCCUUCUGGAACCGAAAGCUUCAUUCUCUCCUUAGGCAGUUUGACUCCGCCAACAAUGAAACGCAUAGGGAGCCGCAUAAAAAGUUUCACUGUCAUCCUGAGAGUUUAGAGUUGCUACAAACGAACAUUCAGGAUAUUCAUACGUAUCCCCCUCUUUACGGAGACUUCCUUAAAGGUAUGGAGUGUCGAGACCCACCGGUUCUUCACGAUCAGCCUGACAAGUGUGCGUCGGAUCAAAUUUUCCUUCUCUUUGCAAUCAAAUCCAUCCCAAAGCACUUCGAGAGGCGCCAAGCAGUCCGGGAGACCUGGGGAAGAGAAGGGUUGUAUGCAGACGGACUUCAGGUACGAACUGUCUUUCUGCUGGGUCGAUCAUCUGCGGAUGAUCCCAGUCUCGACAAAAUGGUUUCAUUUGAAGCUCAGCAGUUUAAAGACCUGCUCGUUUGGGAUUUUCACGACACCUUUUACAACCUGACUCUCAAGGAGCAUGUGUUCUUCAAGUGGAUGCUGGAUCAAUGUCCUCAGGUGCCUUUCAUUUUUAAGGGCGACGAUGAUGUUUUUGCCAACACUCAAGCAAUCCUGAAUCACCUGAAGUCUCUUGAUCCCGCACAGGCCUCGACGUUGUACACUGGGCAGAUAAUUUCUGAUGCCACGCCAUUACGGGACCCUAAAAUCAAAUAUUAUGUUCCUCAGUCUUUCUACGAAGGUCCAUACCCUCCUUAUGCUGGUGGCGGUGGAUUCCUCUUUUCUGGAAACCUUCUCCCAUCUCUUUACCACGUUUCCUUUUACAUACCCUUCUACCCUAUCGAUGACGUCUACAACGGGAUGUGCUUUAAAGCAAUUGGAAUCACUCCGACCAAACACGAUGGUUUCAAGACAUUUGACAUUCGGGAGCAAGAUCGAGAGAACCCCUGUGUGCACAAAGACUUGCUCCUGGUGCACCAACGCAACCCUCGGCAGACCAUGAGAUUGUGGAGGAAUAUGCACAGCUCCAUGCUGACCUGCUGAUAUGUUUGGUCAAUUGUAAACGGACUAUUAUUAGACCAAUUA